AUGUCUCUGCAACGAGUCGCUCGCGCUAGUGCGCUGCGGCGCUUGUGCCUCGGCGAUGCGUCGUUGCUGCAGACCCGCGUGACUGUGGUCCAUAAUCAGCUCGCCCGCCUGUCGCUUGCGUCGAGCGCCCAAUUUCCGACACCACUGGUCGGAUCAGUCCCCCCAAUUCAUGCUCAACAACGAUCGCACUCCUACGCGACCGACAGCAAGCCUACCAAAGCGAAGAAGUCCGCAAAGAAGCCCGCGCGCCAAUUGACCGAGAAGCAGAAAGAAGCCAAAGAAAAGAAGGAAAGCCGAGAGCUUCUCAAACAGCUCAAGGAGACAGCUUUGACGCCCCCCAAGAAGCUACCCCAGACAUCUCGUGCGGUUGCGACUCAGCACAAGCUCAACGAACUCAAGGGCCAGUCAUCGUCGCGCUCCCCAGUUGAGACUUUCAAGGAAGCCGUCGAGCAAGUCACCGCUCAGAGACUGGCUGAAGCUGAUCGAUUCAUCGAACAAGCCGAGAAGAACCGGUCUACAAACGAAGCUUCGUACGAGGCAUGGCUCAAUCAAUACACGCCAAUCCAGAUCAAGCAAGCGAACACCGCUCGUAAACACCUUCGCCGUCUGGGCCACAAGAAGUAUUACGGUAUCCACGAUGAGCGCCUGGUCAAGGCUCCUCUGAGCCCAUACUUGUGGUUCAUGAAGGAGCGUCACGAGAGCGGCGACUUCAAGCACCUUACCGUCAAGGAUGCAUCCAUGCGCCUUUCUGGAGAGUGGAAGAAUCUGACAGAUGCGGAGAAGCAGCCCUACUUUGAGAAGGCCGGACGCGAUCAAGAGCGCUACCGUGAGGAAUAUCGGGAGGUGUAUGGCGAAGAUGUCCCGAUGCCCAAGUCCAAGGCCACUUCUCCGUAA